AUGAUGAGUUAUGAACAACAACAAUAUUUAACACAACAACAGCAAAUGAAUAAUUUUACAAAUUUAACCAAUUUAACAAAUAUGAAUAGUGUUAAUCAUAAUUUUGGUUUAAUGCAACAACAACAAUUGGUACCACAACAACCACAACUUGCACCACCUCCACCACCACAACAUCAACAAAUUCCAAUUUCUACACAAUCAACACCAAAUUCAACCUCUUCAACCACCACAACUACUACCACUACCACUUCUACUACUACAGCCCCAACAUCAAAUUCUAAAAAAUCAAAAACAACACCAAGCAAUGGUAAUAAACCAACCUCUGGAAUGGUAACACCAAUUAUAUCGACUCCAUUACAAUUAUCAAGUGUUAAUACUCCAUUACAACAAUAUCAACCAAAUUCACAAUUACAACCACCAUCACCAAUAAUUAAAAAAUCAUCAUUAUCAACUACACCAAAUAAUAUUAACAACAACAACAACAACAAUAACAAUACAAAUACAAUAAGUCCAAAAACUAAAGGUGGUAAUAAUUCAGCACCAACACCAACUUAUUCAUCAGCAACAAUUAAUUCACCAUAUUUAGAAGUAAUUGAACAAGAAUCAAUUUCAGUUGAAAAUGUUAUAAUAAAUAAUAGAAAUUCAAAUGUUCAUAUAGUUGUAAAGAAUACGUCAUUCGUUUUAAAAAUUCGUUCAUUAGAUUUAAAUAAAAUUAAUUUUAGUUCUUCUUGUGUUAAAGCCGGUUUAUAUUAUGUUAAUGAACCAUUAAAAGAGGUUAGUUUCAUUCAAAAUCCACCAAUAACCUAUGUUGGAAGUAGUUGUAAAAAUGGUGAACAAUUUGCAAUAGAUAUUAAAAUUUCAAUACUUAGUAGUCAGCAUCAAGGUAAUUUAUUCUAUAUAAUGGUACAUGUUUCACCAGAAAAUCAAAAAUCAAUAACAAAAGAUGGUAAAGAGGCAAUUGUCCCAACUACCUCUUCAACAUCAACUUCAUCAUCAGCAACUUCUACUACCUCUUCUUCAACAUCAUCAACUACUACCACUUCUUCAACAUCCAAUUCAUCUACACCAGGAUCAACAAUGGGAUGUAUUAAUGGUGGUAAUUCAAUUUUAUCAUUUCCAAUUCGUGUUGUUUCAAAAGUUGAUCAUAUUAAAAAGGAUCCAAAUGGUGUUUGUGAAAAGAAACAAACCUUUAUCGAUAUCCUUACCGACCGUUUAUCAUCUUUAGAAAACUUACAUUUAACACAAUCUGCAUUGUUAUCAAAUAUGUUAAAAGAAAGAGGUAUACCCGAAUCUGAAUAUUCAUUUUCUGAAUAUUCUGAACCUGAAUUAAUAUCAUGUGCAUUUUCAACUUCACCACCUUCUUCACCAUUUUCAAUUAGUGGUGGUGGCGGCAGUGGUGGUAUUCCAUCUCAAAGUGGUAUAAUUAAAAAACAUAAAAAACCAUCUGGAUCAUCAGGAUAUGGAGAUAAUAAAAAUACUGCUGAAAGAUUUUUAGAAUGCUUUAAUAGAGUAAUUAAAGUUUAUAAAGAACAUUAUGGAAAGAAAUCUUUUGAACUUUCAAAAUUCAUAAGUAGUUUAGAUAAUGAUGAAAAAAAUAUAUUGGUUGAUCUAUUAGAAUCUUUUACUUUUGAUGAAUCCUCUCAAGUAAAAUCAUUAGAUAAUAAUGAUCAUUGUGAAGAUUGUAAUUGUGAAACUUGUCCAUAUAAACAACAAGCUGAACAAUUUAUGUUAUUAUCUCCUGUAAUUUGUUUCCCUUCACCUGCAAUUAAAUCUUCAAAUAAUACAAAUAAUACAAAUAAUACAAAUAAUACAAAUAAUAAUACUGUUGUAACAAUUUAA